CAAUCCUCAGUUGUUGCAGCGCCAUUGACCGGUUCGGGUUAGUUUGUCAGUACGUCGGGUUGAAAAACAGCAUAACUCGGAUACCGCAAAAAGUAUGGACAGUCAAAGGGGGUGUAAAAUAAAACAUAACACAUACAGUUCCAGAACCUGCAGCACCGGUUUUUGAGUUAUAUACGCGCGUUUCACUCUGCAGUACAGUUCGAUACGAGUCGGUCGGUCGCCUUUGUCCUGGAGUAGCUGAUUGAAUGUGGGGGCGGGGGUCCAAGGAUAUGCUGUGAAUGGGAAAAAGUGCCGUUGAAUUUCCAGCUUGGAUGGAGUGAGAAUAUUACAGAGAUGCAGUUUAGGAUGUUUUCUGCGGUCUUGAUGAUAUGGCUAACACCGGAUGAUGGGCCCGAUCUAUUAUAGAUGGAAUAUCUGAAAGAACCGUUACCGUGGGAUGGAUUAAGUGAGAGAAGUGCGACUGACGACUGGGAUGAAAAACUUGCUCGCUCUCUUCGUGUGAUAAUGGGCCCAGCUGAUGAUGUUUUUUUUGCUGAUCAGUAGAAGUAAAUUCUGUGGAGGUUCAUGAGCAAAGUGAAAGAAUAAGCGAGCGGAAAAGUGAUACGUCUAAUUUUAGCAAAAAAAGAAGAGUGAUGAGGUGAAGAGCAAAAGUAAUUCAAAUUUUCUCUAUAGCCACCACGCGGCCUGUGAUAUUUGUUUUGUUUCCCUGUUAUUUACCUAAAUAGUGGUAAAUUCGAACGCGCAUUCGAGUGAAAGAGAAGAAAUUUACACAAUCGCUUGAAAUACUCGAGUAAAUAGACCUUACCUUCCGGAAGUCGUUAACGAUUGUUUAAGCUGCCGAAUUUUUGUUCUUGUUUCCAUUAUUUGUUAGAAAUUGCAGUGUUAUCGUGGCGGUGAAAUUUCAUUGAAUACCAAAAAAGAAAUUACAGUGAGUCAAGUUAGUUUACAUGCAGUGCUAAGUGAAAUGAAAUAUGCUUCGACGAAACGUAACGAGAAAGAAAAAACAAAUGAAGUAGCAUCGUAAUCUUCGGGCUUUCUCUCAUGCGGUGGCGAUAAUACACACAUACACACACGCACGGUCGCGUGGUGUCCGGUAAAGGGAGGAAGAACAAAACAUUCACACCCACCGAGUGAAAGAAUGCGAAUAGCUGCCGUCGGGGAGAUUGUCACCGCUAGUAGAAGGGCCGGCGUUACCGUGGGAAUCACUCGGAAGGUCAAAGUCGCAGACCCGGCUGUCGGUUGUCGUUCUUAGCGGAAAAGAUGAGUGACAAGUUGGCCGGUGGUGGACGGUACAACCGUAUCAGCCCAUCAUCUGGACGGGGAUCCAUUAUUGCCUACUCUCCGUUGCCGAAGUCCGAACAGGAUUGCAUUCAGGCACCGGGGAACAACUGUCUCGCGAUUCCGUUGUCCGCCAUACAGACGGAUAAUAACAUCUACCAGAAAUCGGCUCCACCGCCUCCAAUCGGAACUGUGGGACAAAAAGGGAUCGGCCAGAACCCUCACCCGGUCCCGGACGGAGUGGCCAACAAACAUGCCGGUCAGAAUAAUAAUACUAACGGCAAGCGCUUUAUCAUUGUCAGCGACAUCAAGAAAACAGAACUCCGCUGUACACCAAUAUCGGGUUUUCAGUUUCCCCCACAAACGCCACCCGUGAGCAUAGCCACCACAAACAUCAUCACCAACACAACCUCCACCGAUGGUGCAGUGGAAGCAGCAUUCGCACAACAGCCCCUGAUAGACCGUAGACUUUCCUCGUCUAUGAUGCGCAAUUGGUGGGGUGGCUCCCCGGGCCGAAAAUCCGAUCUCGCCGCGCCCGCUACCGCCAGGCAAGUUAGUUUCGGUGGCCAACCCGGAACCGGAGGCUUCGUUAGUUCCCGAAGCGAACCCAUCUCACUGGCAACGUUGGAUAAGGACUGCUUUAUCAUUCCGGUGCACAGUCUAGAUCGGUUUCUACCUGCCGGAAUUCCCCUACCAACCCCGGAGACGACCGAUCCUUCCCAAGUCGGUCCACUCAGUGUUCUUGAAGUGUCUGAUCCCAAAAUUUGUAUCCUAGCACAUUUGAUGAGUCCACUGGAACCAAUCGAUCCCCUACUGGAGUCACCCCUGGCUCAUCCUCUGACAAAACAGCGAGCAGUUGCUUCGGAACUGCUGAAUGAAAUACAGCAGGCGAACAAUGCUGUCAGUGGUAUGCUGCUAGCCAACAUGGAACGAAGUUCGGCCGAAUUUCCCUUCAUCGCCUACUAUGUGAUAAACACCACCCAGACUGACCCGACGCUGUUCUACACUGGAGUCCGGGGAGCCUCACUAUCGAAGUUUGAGCCGAAAAACACCCGGUACACCGCAGCUCACACACUGGACCUAUACAGUGAGGUAGCAUCCAUUUGUCGGCCGCCCCUAGCCCUAGCACCGAACGAAAUGGGCAGCAUUAAAAAGGGCCAAACUCCUUCCACUGGCUACAUCAUCAGUGUGUAUAAGGUCUACGAAGGCGACGAUGGCGAACGAUUCGAACGGAACUGGCUGUACUGGACUGGCGCCAGAAUGAUUUACAGAUAUCUGCCAAAAACUGCCGGCCUUCGACGUAUCACCCUGCACAAAAGUGUAUCUCCGAGGGGCGAUAAAAUGUAUCUGCUGGUGUGCGAAUGUGCAGACCUCCUCAAGGAUUUGUCGGCGGCGGCGCUUCUGAUUCCAGCACUCCGGGCGAGGCUUUGCGGCUACACCGGCCUCUAUCGACCAAUACAAACCUUCUAGUUUGGGUUUAUUCGGGCCAGCAUGUUAAGGUGGUGUUACGUUAACGUUAUGUUGUAAAUUUUCUAUUGUGUCAAAAGAAAUCGAAUUUAUUAAAAUAAUUUCAACUUUCAUGGUGUUCGGGGGGCUAAAACAAUCCCAGAUAGACGACUCGUUGAGGGUGGUGAUUCGAACGUUCUCUUGAAUUUGCUACUUUAUAGUACUUUUUUCCAAUACACGGUUGUGCAAUUAAUCGGUAGAUGAUUUAGAAACUUAUCGCUAUGACAAACUGUAAAUGGCAAACAGGAUAGAUACCUGACAGAGAAUCGCUUUAAACAUCAACAAACACGUAACACGCGACGAAAGAGCAAACAAAUCCGUUACAACACGGUACAUUUAUAAGCUUAUCUUUUUAUCGAGCAAAAAAAAGCAAUAAGUUACCAGUAUUUAUAUUAGGAAACGAUUUAUGAACAAAUUAAACUGCCACAGACGUAGAGUUGGCGUGAAAGAAAAUCAUUUUUUUCUCCAGCAAUGACUAGAUAAGUAAACAAAACAAAUACAAACGAGAACAAACCACCCAUGGUUUCAUACAUUAUACAUUAUACAAUCAUCAAAGUUGAUUUUAUUUACACUGUCACGCUGACAAAAUACGCAUACAAACUCACGCAACACAAACACAUCAAUUUUAGGCAAACCGAAACAUUUCGAAUGCUGAAUCAGUAAAGUAAAGUGUGCGUUUGUAACAAAAUGAAACUAUAUUAAGAAGAUAAUAUUUUUUUCAGAUUCUAUUUUACUGCUUAUCAUAUGAAAAACAUAGGGGCGCUCGAAAUAAGUAUGAUAAAAAAAUUUAACUUUUCGAGAGGGACUGUCGCAGGCUAGAAGCAUUGAAUGCAUAAUCAUUUGCGAUACAUAUCGAAUCCGUCUCAGUUCAGUUGAAGCUGUCAAAAACUAGAAAAUUGUUGUUGAACUUCUUAAUAGAAGUCAUGCUGAAUGUUUUCAAGUAUAGGAAAAUAUUAUGGAAGCAUUAAAAACAUUUUUUUUAUGGAUUUUUUUUAAUUUAUAGCAUCCGGAAAAAUACAGCUGAAUAUAAUAUAAAUUAUGAGUUUCCUAAAAUCCCAAGAAAAAUGAACCUCGAAAGAUAGUCACACUUUCAAGCUUGAAUAAACAUUAAAAAAGCAUACGACUUGAACACUUGUUAAAAGUCACCACGAUUUUACACGCACCCGCACAUUGUCUCCCAUACGAACUAAGUAAUUGACUCUUACUCGAUUGUCCGUUUUUGAAAGCUCGAUCAACCCGAUUGACAGUGACAUUAUGAAUGUCGUUCUCUUCUUGAAUGUAUUAGUUCAAACGUCUGGCUACCUACACCGUAUCAUUAUUGGGCGAUGCUAACCAAGACAGGCCUUUUGUUGAAUUUCAGCAACCUUCACCAGCUUAGGAUAGAAUUUUAGGACCCACUGAUCUUCAAAUAGUUCCAUAAAUAUAAAAAAAAUGAUUCGAUAGAAAUAAAUUUUCAUUCCGAAAUUAUUAAAAAUCAGCACGAAGACGUGCAAUAUCGGAGAAUGAAUAAAUAGACUUUUCAGUUCAUUUUACCUUUUUGUUGUCAACUAAGAGGUCGAGAUCUCAGAGAUGGCUGAACCGAUUUUGAUCAAACUAGUCGCAAAUGAAAUGUCUCCCCGUCACCCAGAACGCUAUUAAAUGGUUUUGAGAUCGGAUGUUUACUUUUUGAGUUAUACAAAGUUUUAUGUCAAAAAUUUCACAGUAUCUGUCACAUUUGACCUCGAAAACAGAAUAUGAUUCCAGACUUAGAUUUCGCACGGUAAUGCCUAUUCAACAAGCCAUAAAUUGUUAAAAUCCGUCCAUUUUCAACGGAGAUAUCGACAUUUUUGUGUAAUUUCCCUAUUCCUGCAGUAGGAGUUUUGUGCACUGUAUGACAAAGCAAUGCUGGGGAGCAACGUGAAACACGAUUUUUUAUACUGUUACAUACAAUUGUUUCUAAGUACCAAAAAGACUGUGUACAGCAUCCUUUUUCAUGACAUUAUGCUUCGGACCGAAUUUAGCACGGUUCGUUUUUGGCAACAUAAUCAUUCGAAUAUGACAUAUGUAAAUCACAUGAUGGCAGCAUUUUACAGUUGAAAACAAUUCCAUAAUUAUACUGAUUUAAACUACUAAUAGCAAUAAAUGUUGGAAUAACAUAACACCCAUAUACCAUUCGCAUCAGUUCGUCGAGAUCAGCAAAUGCGUGUGUGACAAAUAAUUUCACUCAAUUUUCGCGAAGAUGACUCAACCGUUUUCUACAAACUCAGAUUCAUAUGAAAAGUCCUCCUAAACAAGGUUUCUGAAUUAUGUUUGGAUCCGAUUUCUGGUUUCGGGACUACAGGAUGAAAUGUGAAACGAAAUAAAAUUGUGUAACCCAUUUUUCUCGUAGAUGGCUGAACCGAUCUAAGAUUCAAAUGAAAUUUACGAAUAAUCUAAGAUUCAAAUGAAAAGUUCUAAGAUCCUAUAAAACAUCUUGCUUUUCAGUCAGAUCCAACUUCCAGUUUAAGGGAUACAGGGUGAUUAAUAUAAAAAUGUCUAUUUCACAUAAAUUAAUCAGGUUUAUCGUGUUUGCAGAUUUACCAGAUAACCAAAUAAACUUAUUUCAGUUGUAGUGGUAUUCAGUUUUCGAUUCGGAAGGUACCCAAAAAUUUAAUUCGCACUACGAUUUCUCAAAGAUGACUAUACUGAUUUUCAAACAGUUUGAAUCAAAUUUAAACUAUACAGCUCUUGAGGUGGAUUUAACUGACUUCGGCUACACCGAUUUUCGAAUUCCGAUUCCUUAUGGUACUAUACAAAAUUGGUGAGUUUUAUUCGAUUCUAGCUUCCGACUCUGGAAUUACAGGGUGAUGAAUUUUUAAAAUUCAAACCGAUAUAGAAGAUGACAAUACAAAAAAGUUUCAAAGUUGAAUUCAAACCUAUUGCAAUUUAUUCGUCAUAUCAAUUUAUGGCCAUACGAAUCGUUUUCGGUUAUGCUGGUUCCUGAAUACCGGUUCCUAAUGUUCAAUCGAUUAUUACACUUUUAGAUUCAAAUUCGAUUCGAUUUUCAGUUUCGACAUUACAGGGUAAUGAGUGAAUAGAACUUUAAAUUGCCGCUUGAAACGACGGUCAUUCAAUUAUUGCAUGAGAACUUAAACACCGAAAAAUAUUCAUGCAAAAAAUACAUGCGGAUGAUGAAAAAAAGGUAUCAUCUCACUGCUAGGUGGAUUAAGGCCAUCGUCCAAGUACCAUGCGCGCGGGUGGUUUUAGGAAAUUUUCGAUGGAAAUUUUGAAAAAUUUGACAAAACCAAAAACAUACAGACCUUUGAAAUACUUUUAUCUAUCUACAGGGUGAAAAUGGCCGGAAAAUUCGAAGGAUUUUCCGAGUCUUAUCAAAAAUAGCACUGAAAAAAUGAGCUUUUUUUGUAAUUUUUCACAAUUAUUUGAAAAAAUAAUUCGAUGGAAUGAAAUUUUUUUUUCCAAAAAAACCUUAUGCUGGCAACAAAGAUUACCUUCGGAAACAUUUUUGGAAAACCUUUUCACGCUUUUCAUGGAAAAUCAACCAAUUUCAUAUGACCGAUUUAGUGGAAAUUUUUGAAAUUCGUGGAUUUUCUAUGAAAAGCGUGAAAAGGUUUUCCAAAAAUGUGUCCGAAUGUAAUCUUUGUAUCCAUCAUAAGGUUUAUUUGAAAAAAAAAAUUUAUGUCAUCGCAUUAUUUUUCCAGAUAAUUGUGAAAGAUCACAAAAACACUCAUUUUUCAGAGCUAUUUUUGAUAAGACUCAAAUUUUUCAAAAUUUCCUAAAACCACCCGCGCGCAUGGUACUUGGACGAUGGCCUUAAGCACGGUUUUUCUCACUAAAUACCGGUUGGCGGCGAAAUUUAUUCGGAAUUUAUCGUUGCACUCCUACAUUGUCAAUCCGGAACGAAUUCCGAAUUACAUCCGAGUGGGCGAAAAAUUUUCAUUCAUAAUUCCAUGUUGAACCGAUACCUAAUGAAAUUCGCCUCCAACCGAUUGUUUUGAAAAUCUGUCGGAAUGGAGUGAGCAAAAGUACGUUUUCUUACUAAUUUUUAGUUGAACUCGAAAUAAAAAUUUUAUAAAACUGAAUAUAUGAAAUUAAAUCUUCAAGCUCUUCGAACAUAUAUAAAUAGUAAAUUACCAGUUCUUUCGAGAAUUUCAGCAUAAACUGUUGAAAUUUGCUGGUAAAUAAUAAAAAAGCCUACCUUAUUCAGUAUCAUCCAUUCCUCUAGCUGAAGUGUAAAAAAGCACGCUUUGGUAUGCUCCAUAUCUCACAUUAUCUCAAAGACGGACUGAGUAAUGAGUUCUUACUCGAUUGCUCGUUUCUGAGUGCUCGAUCGACCCGAUUGAUAAUGAUAUUAUAAAUGUCAUUAAAGUUUCGCUCCUUUUAUGGACAUGUGAGUGUAAAAGCAGACCCUGUCAGCUUGGAGCGAGAUUAAUCUUCAGUUCAGCAACGCCAUCACAUGGCAUCACAUUCAACAUAUCAAGCCAAUUGCAUUUGGCGCGCACGAAUUCGACAUUUCUCUCCCCUACUGCUAUGUACGAGAUUCGAUGCGAACUCGAACUGUGAGAGCUGGAUAUCUUGUUAAUAUAAUGUUUUUGGUAAGUCAGGCGACUUAUGCCAUUUCAUUACAGUCCAGUUAGAGAAAUGAACGAAUGGAGUCCGCAUUGAUUCGAAUUUUAUACUGAAACAUAUGGAAUUCUGAAUGAAAAUUUUUCGCCCACUCGGAUUUGAUUCAAAAUUCAUUCCGAACCGAUAAUGUGGAAUGGACUAACGGAUAUAACGAUAAUCUUAGUGUUUAUUAUAGAUGGUCAGUUUAAUGAAUUUUCGGAUUUAUUUGAACAAUAGUGUAUUUAUUUUCACAAUUGCAAUACAUUUUUGAUACAUUUGUUCACUAGACAAUUACGAAAAGAUAUUUACCCGCAGGGUUUAACCAACGAAUAGUCUGUGCGAUGUAUAUGAAACUGUUGGCACACUUCAAUGUCAGUGAGCUAUAUGUGUGUCCUAGCACUAUCCGGGGAUCUCUAGUAAAAAUGAUUCAAAUGCUGAUUGUCGGCAAUAAAAAUAUUUUACACAAUUUCAGUCAAUUAAUUUGCAUUUACCCAAAAAGCGGUUAUUUCUGAUGCUCGCAGAAAACUUACACCAAACAAAGUACCGAAUAUCCAAAUAAAAUCUUAGUGUGUUUCAAAAAGCCGAUGACUACAAAGUACAGAGCACGAUGCGAACAAUUGCAUAGAGAAGAAUCUGAAAUCUGAAAUUCUAAAUCAGCAACAGGGCAAACAUUAUCGAAUAUCGUUCUGAUCCCAACUAUGUAGUCAAUGUGACGCAGUCCAAUCAUGUCAAUUUUUUUUAAGCAACAUGUGGGUUUUUCCGUGAGAAAACCGUGAAAGUAGGUCUCCAAUCGCUGUAGUCGGAAAAAUUCUAUGAUAUACAAUAGAACUUCGUGAUCGUUCCGUAGCAAUCGUUUAAAGUUUACACUGGUUUUUGAAUAAUUUUGGUCUAGACUAAACAUGUGAUUUCCGGAUAUGAAUUUUUAGGUGGGAAAUGUGUUAGCCAAAAGUUUUAUAAGAAAUAUAUUUACAUGAUACUGUCAAAUCGUUUUUGGUUUUCAAAAUCAUCAAGCUUGUCAAUUUUAGUCAUUAUUGUCUCCAAAGUAAGAUUGGAUGCAAAAUCUUUUGAACCGUUAGCCUGUGACAGUUUCUAGAACAGUGAAGAAAUUUUGAUGAUCCAUUUAGUAUCAGUUUAGUGAGAGUAAAAGAGAAAAUUCUAGAGAUUCCGAAAAUUUAGUAACAUAAAAAAGCAGUAAUAACUAAAUAAAUCUUUUCGAAAAUAUACCGCUUCAAAAAUAGCACCAACCGCCAAAUUGAUAAGUAGAAAAUGAUUUGGAUUGAGUCUAAAUUGUA